AUGGUUCCAACACAGCGGGAUUCUUGGCUUUGUCUCCUUCUGCUGCUGGGGAUCCUGGGAAUGGUGACCUCAUUCCAUGAUCCACCGGCUGGUUUAACCAGGGCUCAGUAGUUUGAAACUCAGCACAUAAAUAUGACCCACCAUCCCUGCGAUAAUGCAAUGCAGGUGGUUAACCGUUAUACGAAGAGGUGCAAAAAUAUAAACACUUUUCUCGACGCAACGUUUGCUUUUGUAGCUAACAUUUGUAACACCACAAAUGUAACCUGCACUACGACUGGCUACAUGAAUUGUCAUAAUAGCUCAGUUCAGGACGUAACAGACUGCAACCUCACCUCAGUACCACGGCCAUAUAGGAACUGCAGAUGUGGACAGACCAGGGCACGGAAGUACUUCAUUGUUGCCUGUAACAACAGUCAACCAGGGGACAAUGCCGCCUAUUCAGUGGUUCCAGUUCACUUGGAUUGGAUCUUCUAAGCUCUGGGUCAGCGCUUUACGCCAAGCUCAUCUGCCACGCUGCACAGUCACAGCUAUGGUCCCAUCCCACAAUCCACCCCAGAUAUCGGCAUCAGUCAUCAUCAUGCAAG